GCAAGGCCCUGCAGCCAUUCCCAGUGCCAUGGUGAGGAACGUGGACGACUUUGACUUCUGCCUGCCUUCGCACGCCCAGAGUGUGCUGGAGGGGCUGCAGCAGCUGCGCACCAACCCCAAACUGGCGGAUGUGAUGCUGGUGGCGGGCAGACGGGAAUUCCCCUGCCACCGUGGUGUCCUGGCACUCUGCAGCCACUACUUCCAUGCCAUGUUCUCCGGAGACUUCACCGAGAGCAUUGCAGCACGGGUGGAGCUGAAGGAGGUAGACCCCAGCGCACUGGAGAUCCUGCUCGACUUCGCCUACACAGGGAAGGUCACCAUCAACCAGGGCAAUGUGGAGGGGCUGAUGCGGACCUCCAGCCAGCUCCACUUCCCCACUAUCCAGAAGGUUUGCAGCCGCUACCUCCGGCAGCAGAUGGAUGCCACCAACUGUCUAGGUAUCUGCGAGUUCGGUGAGAGCCAUGGCUGCCCUGAGGUCUCCUCCAAGGCCUGGUCUUUCUUGCAGGAGAAUUUUGAAGCCGUCUCUCAGCAGGAGGAGUUCCUCCAGCUCUCCAAGGAGAGGUUGGCCAUCUACCUCUCCAACGACCAGCUGCAGGUGCAGGAGGAGCAGAGCCUGGCCGAGGCUGUGCUGCGCUGGGUACGCCACAACCCAGGGCCACGAGCCCAGUUCCUGCCUGAGCUACUGGAGUUGGCCCGCCUUGUCUCACUGCCUGACCAGUACCUGCAGAACCUGCUUGCCACUGAGCCCCUCAUCCGUGACUCGGAUGCCAGCAAGGCUCUUGUUACCCGAUCCUGUGCCAUGGUGGGUCCCCCCUGCCCCAAAUCCCACCCCGCAAGAGAGCGGGGAGACUCAACUUGGAGCCUGACGGCCCUGCCCCGGCUUCUCCAUCAGGGGCAGAGUGAUGCCGGUGCCCAGAAGAACCCCCCGACCCCACCGCAGAAGCGGCGAUGGAUGGCUCUGCCUGACUUCCCCGACUACAACAAAUGGGGCUUUUCCGUGGUGGCUCUGAACAACGGUGUGUACGUCACAGGCGGCUCCCGGGGGUCCCAGAACGACACGUGGUCAACAACUCAGGCCUGGUGCUUCUGCCUCAGGGAUGGCACCUGGAAGCUCAUCGCUUCCAUGCUGAGAGCCCGGACAAACCACACCAGUGCCGUCCUCAAUGGUGAGAUCUACGUGAUUGGGGGAACAACAGUGGACAUGGUGGAGGUGGAACGCUACGAUCCCUACAACAAAAGUUGGUGCGCUAUAAGCCCAGCCCUCAAGUAUGUGAGCAAUUUUGCAGCCACCAGUUGCUUGGGCAAGCUCUACCUGGUGGGCUCCUGUGCCGUCAAGUACAAUGCACUCACCCUGCAGUGCUACAACCCUGUCCAAGAUUUGUGGAGUGUGAUCACAUCCCCCUUCAUCCCCAAGUACCUCUCGGCCCCGCGCUGUGCCACCCUGCAUGGGCUCAUCUACCUCAUCGGGGACAACACCAAGAAGGUCCACGUGUACAACCCAGAGGCAAACAUCUGGCAGAAGGUGCAGCUCCUGCACACACUCCAUGAAAACGGUGGGAUGGUGCCACUUGGGGACCGGCUCUUCGUCACUGGCGGCCACUGGAAGGGGAUGGAUGGGGACUACCAGGUGGAGAUGGAGGUGUAUGACUGCACCAAGGACCUCUGGACAUGGGAGGGCUCCCUGCCCUGCCUCUGGCUCUUCCACAGCUCCUGCUCCAUCUUCAUGGACACCUCCAAGUGGACAGAGGCUUUCCAGGGUGACCAUGGGUGGUAG